UUUGCAUAGGAUUAUGAUGAAAUUAGGUAAAUCUCGAUCUAUGCUAUACCGAAAAUAUCAAUGGCCAUCGUGAGUUUUAAAAAAUUUUGCCAGCUGGUCUCCAUCCUAUAAGCUAUAGUGGGGAAAUAUAGAAAAGUUAGCUAGAAUGGAUUAUUCUACCCCAUCUACAAAACUCUCCUCAAAUCCUGUGACUUCCUCUAAAUCUUCCCCACUUCGUUCCCGCUUCUCUAGAUUCCACCAUUUGCAUUACGGCCACAAGCCCAACUCCCUUGAUUCUGACACUGGCAAAAAUUCAAAAGAAACAUUCAAGGAAAACUCUCGCAAUGAGGAUAGGCUCAACCUGGACAGCACAGAACUUUUGCUCCGAACCUCAGACCCAUUUUGGGAAGGGCAAAUGGGUGUGAGCCAAUUAAACGGCGAUCCAUCUUCCUCCCACGUCGAACCCAUUGGGAUCAUAAGACAGGAAAUGUUUGCAUUGCCCCGUGACGACAGCAUUAUCCGGAAUUUCAUGAAACUGCACUCUUGUUAUGACCUUAUUCCCACUAGUGGAAAGAUGCUGGUUUUUGAUACGGGACUAGCUGUCGGAAAGGCAUUUUUAGCGCUUGUUUACAAUGGAGUCCGGGCCGCACCAUUGUGGGAUAGCGCAGCCCAAUCCUUUGUUGGAAUGCUGACCAUCACCGACUUCAUCAAUGUACUCAGGACCCUUCAUGAUGGUAAGGAUGGCUCUGACCCUUCCACUGUCUUAAACCUAGAGGACCACAAAAUUCAAACCUGGCGAGACGAAUUUUUAAAGGAACAUAGGCGGCCUUUUUUGUGGGUGGAUCCCAGGGUCGAUCUUCUUCGAGCCGCGAGGCUUCUAGUCAAGAAUAAGGUGCAUCGGCUCCCUGUCCUUGAUCCAGUGACUGGUAACGCCCUCUACAUUUUGACCCACAAGAGGAUUUUGAGAUUUUUGUGUCUCUAUAUCGACGAUUUACUUCCCAGACCACGAUAUAUGGAUCGGACCUUGGAGGAGCUCAACAUUGGCUCCUACACAGAUAUCCAGACAGUAUUCGAGGAUACCCCGGUCCACGUAGCCCUCUCUCUAUUUUCUAACCCGCGUCGUGUUUCAGCUUUGCCGGUUCUUUCUAGGGACGGGAGCGAACGUGUUGUCGAUGUAUAUGCUAAAUUUGACGUUAUCAACUUGGCGGCUGAACGCAGUUACCGAAAAUUAGAUAUCACUGUUAAAGAAGCCCUAUCCUACCGCGCUCACGUUAUAGAGGGCGUCCAUAGCUGUCAGAGAUGGGAGAAGCUCGGACCGGUAGUUGAUAGAAUAGUAAAAGCCGGUGUUCAUAGACUUGUGGUAGUCGACGAUAAUUGGAAAUGCGUGGGCAUGUUAUCCUUAUCUGAUAUACUGUCUUUCCUUAUAAAACCCACCCGCGAUAUAAUGAAAUUAACUUCAAAUGAGACUUGAAAUUUUGUCGUACAAUUAAUCGACGAACUGGCAAAGAUUUGAAUUUAUCAUAGAUCGAAUUUUGUUUGUAAAAAAUUUUUUGGCUAAGUUACACGCUUUGAACUAUAAAAUCACUUAAAUUAUAUAAUAUAUUAUUAAGAACGUAAUUUAAAAAUGAAAGGCACUUAACUUUAAUCAUAUAAAUAGACAUUAUUAUUGUUAAGAGAAUGAGAUUUAGUUUUUAUCCCAUGAGUUUACCUUACUUAUUAUUAAAAAUGGCCCAAAUAAAUUUUUUAAACAAAUUAAACCAAAAAAUAUUAAUCAUAUAAAAUCUUAUAAAUAUUAAAUUUAUAUUGCUAUAAACAUUCUUAUAUUAUUAAAACAUAUGUCGUAAUAUUUUUUUUAUAUAAUAAUUUAUCAGAUGUUAU